AAGAAUAUUUGAUGAUUACAAAAAUCUUAUAUUGGAAGUUAUACAAAAAGUCAGUAAAUGUCGUCAACAGACGCCUGGAAAAAGGGACGACUAUAUAGAUAUGUAUAUGGAAAUACAAAAUGAUGAAUCGAUUCAAGAUGCAUCAGGUUAUAAAGUAAAUAUCGAUCAGUUUGUGGCUUCCCAAGCAUUUUCGUUUUUUGUGGCCGGCGUCGAAACGACAGCAAGUGCUGUAGAUUAUACAUUAUUAGAAUUAGCAAACAACAAACACAUUUUGCAGAAGGUUCAUAAGGAAAUUGACGGAAUAUUUCAUGAAAAUAAGGAACUUAACUACAACAAUGUCAAAUCUAUGAAAUACCUAGACAUGGUUCUCAGUGAAGCUUUGAGGAAAUAUCCUCCGAUUGGGUCUAUGCAACGAAUGGCAACUGAAGAUGCAAUCUUGCCGUCGAAUUUAAAAGUUAACAAAGGUAUUUAUGUCAUUAUCCCGAUAUACGCGUUGCAUAUGGAUGCCAAGUAUUUCGAGGAGCCAGACAAAUUCGACCCAGAAAGGUUUUCUUCGGACAACAUUAAUAAAAUUAAAAAGUACACUUAUUUGCCAUUUAGUGAAGGAAAUCGUAUCUGUAUUGGUGCAAAGUACGCGCGGCUUCAUAUGAAAAUUAUGCUCGCUGUUCUGUUGCGAGAAUUCACUUUAAAAAGUUGUAUGUAUAGGGUUACAACAUUCGAGCCUAAUUUAUUUACGCUAAGCAAUUCAAGUGUACAAUAUGAGUUGAUUCCCAGGCACAAAAGAGUAUAAAAAUGAUAUAAGAGAAAAAUAGAAUUAUGGUGUAUAAAAAAACCAAAUUCAUUAACUAUGUACAGUGUACUCUUAAUAAACGUCAAUAG